CGCGAGUUGAGGCACUUUAAGGACGUAAUGAUGCUGAGAUAGGCAGCAAAAUAUAGUCCUGUACACCCUUCGUGCUGUGACAAGCUCGCUCUGCCAGCAAGCGCCUUCUAACACUAUCUCAGUGCUGCUCUCCCUGCUCUGAGUUGAUCGCCGCGCUCCGAACCCACUCCAGCUACCGCGUGGACAAAGAAUGCGAGAGGACGCCGACGCCGACGAAGUCACCGCGCUCCUCCAGCUCCUGGCGACCGUCCCGAACGUCAAGGCGGCCGUGCGCGCGGCGCGCAAGGCCGUCGAGGCCGAGGGCGGCGGCCGGUCGCCGCGGCCCUCGAUCGCCGUCACGCGCGGCGCGCGCAGCUUUUCCGGCGACGACGAGGGCGAGAAGCCGGCGGCGGCGCACGAGCGCCGCAUCGAGGCGCUGCGGCGGCGGCUGCUCCUCGAGGACGCCGACGCGCCGCCGCCGCCGCCGCCGUUGCCGCCCUCGGACCUAAAGCCGACGACGGAGCUCGAUUUGGCCGCGCUCGGGACGGGCGCCGGCGGCGGCGAGGAGGCCGAGGCCUCGCGAAGAGCGAUGGCGAUCCUGCGAGAAACGGAGGGCGCGAGCGCCUUCGAGCGCGGCGCAUUGGUCAAGACGAUCCGGAACGACUUCUGGCACCAGUUCGCGAGGGCCCUGGACCGGGGCGACCUGAGCCCGUGCUCGCUGCCGCCGCCGGGCGGCGCCGGCAUGCGUUUAUUCGGGCGGGCCUACUCGUCGUCCUGCGGCGUCGUGCUGGCGCGGAAGAAAUUACAUCUCCCGCAGGAUGUCUGGUGCUGGCCCGCCGGCUUCUUUGCAAAAACAGAAUUCAGCACGGGCCGCAAGAAGAGCGAGAGCCUCGAUUCCAGUAGUUCGUCGUUCUUCGUGGCCGACGAGCUGCGGAGGAACGCCGUGCCGCUCGAAAAGCUGGAACGCAUGGCGAUCCGCAAGGAGUACGUCCACUUCGGCGAGACGCGCGCUUCCACCGAAGUGGCGCCCUACAACGAGGUCCUCGCGCCGGUGACGCGCGAGGCCGUCGUGGCCGUCUUCGCGCGGACGACACGGCCCGACCAUUUGUUGUUGGCGAUGGCUGCCAGAGAUUUGCUCGCUGUCGCGUCGGACACGGCCCUGCCGCUGCUCGUGCUGGAUGCCGGCGGUGGCGCCGACGCCGUCGAGUUCACGGCUGAUCAACAGGCGGGGCUCCUCGCCAAGCUCGCCGACGCGAAGCCGUCGUUCUGCCUGCGGCCGCACGCCGACGUGCCGCCGCUGCGCCACGCGCCCGGGGCCCUGGACGCGCAGCUCGUGGCCCACGGCGCCUACGGCCUCGCCGACGACGUGCUCCACGCUUUACUGAGAUCCGCGCCGGCGCCGGCGCGGGCCGCCCGGGACGCGCUCGCGCACGCGGUGCGCGCCGACAACGCCGAGGCCGCGCGCGCCGUGGCGGGGGUGGUGGGGGCCGAACUGUCGACCUUCGCCGCCGACGAGGCCUGCGCGCCGGGGUCGGUCCGCCACGCGAGCGACCGGUGCCUCGUCGCGAGCGGCGCCGUCGCCGCGCUGAUCGCGUGCGCGUCGGGCGCGCUGGCCAAGCGGUCGCGCGACGCCGUGGCGUUACUCGACGCGUGGCUCGAAAAGGCGGAUCAAAGCCUGGCCUUCCGCCUGGCGGCGUACCGCGACGCGUCGAAGACGGCCGGCGACAAGGAGGGCUCGCUCCACGCGCCGCAACUGACGGCCUUUGCGGGCGGCCGCGCGCUGGCGAAUCGGCGUGCGUUCCGCGACCGGCUCGCGUCGCUGGCGCGGAGCGACGGCUCGGCCGUCGACGCGGCGCCCGCGAAGCUGGCGGAACUCGCGGCGCUCGCGUCGUCGUUCCACCGGCCGUCGCUGCGCCUCGAAUUGUUGCAGUUCGUGCUCGGCCUCGAGGACGCGGCGGCCUGGUCGGUAGAUCGGCUCGCCGGGGCGCUGGAACUCGCCGAGCGCGUCGUCGUGGCGAUGCCGCGGCAGUCGUCCUUCCAGGAGCUCGAGGGGCUCACCCGGCGGCCGGACCGCGGGGCCGUCGACGAUUGAUGCUCUUCCUGCUCCUUUUCGGCACCCCGAUCGCGGGGUGUCCGAUCGAAGCACACACAGAAUACUGGUGCUAUGCUGGUACUGUAAGAAGCCUG